GCCAACUAACAAAGCAAAACACUUUUUUUUUUAUCCCGUUUAAUUAAUUAAUUAUAUAUAUUUCUCUCUAAAAUCCAAAAAUCUAAACUUGUUUCUCUCCCUGUUUUCUCUUUUUAAAAGAAAAACUCAGCGACCGGCGAGAAUCCAAAUCUCGCCGGAAUUUCGCUUUUUCUGAUCGUCAGAAUUUUGUAUUUGUUCCUUUUUUUUCAAAGCUGCCGAGAGAAUUGAAUUUCAUUUUUUUUUUCAAAUUGAUGUUAAAUGGUUAUGUAAUUAUGGUUUUGUAGAAGAAAACAAAAAACCAACAAAAAAAAAGGGAAAAGUAUUCUCUCUCUCUUGUGGUGAGUAAUGGCUUGCAAUGCAGGGAAAAAGAUGAUGAGAUCCCUUGCUUUGUCUUCUUCCUCUAUGCCUUGAUUUUUUUUACCCUUUUAUCUCUCUCGGAAUUGGUCUUUUUUAAAAAAAAAAAUAUUUGAAUGAGUGUUGCUUUCGACCGGGGUAUCAAUUCAUGAAACGGCUUGCAGAAAUUUGAACAAAUUUUGUUUUGGCUUCAAAAGGGCCAUCAAGUCAGGCGGAGUUGCAACCGGCAAAUGUUGGACUUUUAGCUUUCAGUUUUUCAGAUUGUCUGGUGUUAAAACUGAAAAAUGCCAUUCGAGGUCAUGGAUCAAAGUAAUGCAUCGGCAUCGGCAUCGGCAUCAUCCCGCUUUUUAGAAGACAUUCUUCUCCCAGUUGAGAGACAAGUUGGAUUUUGGAAGCCGAAUACAAUGUCUGAUAAUCAAGACAAGAUUGUUGGUCCAUCUCCGAUGGAAAAACUGUCUACUGACUAUAUGGAACAACCCCCAUCAAAUUUGGCCAGAGAUCAAGAAGAAAAGUUAAGCAUUGGUUGGAAGGAAAUUACCAAUUUGUCUGAGCAUUCAUGGAAUUCUGUGAAUCACCAUCCUAAAUCAAUGUCAAAUCUGUAUACAAAACCAGCAGAGAAAUUGAAUAGAAACAGGACCUAUGGCAAUGUGAUCCAGCAUGAAAGUAGCCUGUUUUCAAGUUCAUUCUCUGAAGUAUUUAAUAGAAAGUUGAGAUUAUUAGGGAAUGAUCUAUCUUGUCAACAUGCUAGUUCAGCUGCUCCACACGUUGAGGAAGAACCUUUCAAAUCUAUGGAAGAAGUUGAGGCACAGACUAUCGGAAAUCUCCUUCCUGAUGAAGAUGAUCUAUUAUCUGGGGUGAUUGAUGACUUGGGACUUAAUACUCUAGACAGUAAAGGAGAUGAAUUAGAAGACUUUGACCUAUUCAGCAGUGGUGGAGGAAUGGAACUAGAAGGGGAUGAUCGUGUAUCCAUGGUUCCGAGGAAUUCUGAUCUUGUUAGAGUAUUCAACAUUCAAGGGGGUUCAAAUGGCUUAAUUGUUGGUGAACAUCCAUAUGGUGAACAUCCUUCUAGGACACUUUUUGUUAGGAACAUUAAUAGCAAUGUCGAAGACUCAGAGUUAAAGACUCUCUUUGAGCAAUAUGGAGAUAUUCGAACUCUCUAUACUGCCUGCAAGCAUCGUGGGUUUGUUAUGAUUUCUUAUUAUGAUAUAAGAGCAGCCCAAAAUGCAAUGAGGGCUCUGCAGAAUAAAUCAUUGAGGCGUAGGAAACUUGAUAUACAUUAUUCAAUUCCAAAGGAAAACCAAUCUGAAAAAGAUGUGAACCAUGGGGCGCUGGUGGUUUUCAACCUUGAUUCUUCUGUUUCAUCCGAUAAACUUCAACAAAUAUUUGGUGCUUUUGGAGAAAUUAAAGAAAUCCAUGAAACUCCGCAGAAGCAUAAUCCCAAAUUCAUUGAGUUUUAUGAUGUUAGAGCUGCAGAAGCUGCUUUUCAAGCACUGAAUAGCAGUGACAUUGCUGGGAAGCAGAUCAAAAUUGAACCAAGCCAUCUAUGGGGCAUUGGAUGCUUUACGCAACAGUCUGAGUCAGAGCAAGAUGAACCUAACCUAUGCAAAAGCCCUUUUGAUGAGUUAUCAUCGGGAAAAUGUGUUUCUCCAGGAUUGACUGCAUCUGGCUGCAUGGAUAAUGGGUCUACUCAGGUUGUUGCACCUGUGAGUACAUUUGCUGAAACUCAUCGAAGUUCUAGUGUUCCGAUUAACUUAGCCUCUCCAGCAAGAGUGUCACCGAUAGGAAAACCCUUAAGCUUUCGGGAGCCCGACCACUCUCUAGAUGAAAUGAAGUUUGCUAACCAAGGUGUACCAAGUUUCCAUCCCCAUUCUUUACCUGAGUAUCAUGAUAGCUUAGCCAAUGGUAUUCCAUUCAACUCCUCUAGUACCAUAAUAGACAUGGCUAGCAGCAGCAGUCCCAUGAUGGCUGAAGGACUUGAUAAUAGGCAUAUUCGAGGAGCAAGGUCAAAUGGGCACCUAAUGCAACCUAAUGCAGGGGUGUUCGGGUCAUCUGGAAAUGGAAGCUUGUCACGUAAUGGAAACCAUUACAUGUGGAACAACUCCAACUCGCACCAGCAAGAUCUGCCAACUGCCAUGGUUUGGCCAAAUUCACCAUCGUUUGUUAAUGGCAUUCAUGCUAAUCGCCUUCCACAUAUCCCUGCAUUUCCUAGGGCUCCUUCUGUAAUGUUGAAUGUAGGAUCACCUGUACACCACCACAUUGGCUCAGCACCACCAGUUAAUUCUGCAUUCUGGGACAAGCGGCAUCCUUAUAUCGGGGAGUCUCCUGAAACUUCAGGUUUUCCCCUUGGAUCUCUUGGAAGCGUGGGCUUUCCUAGUAGCUCGCUAUCACAUCCGGUGGAAUAUGCUUCCCACAACAUUUUUUCUCAUGUUGGUGGAAAUUGCAUGGAUUUGACAAAAACUGGUGGGGUACACUCUCCUCAGCAGAUGUGCCACCUUUUCCCUUGCAGGAACCCUAUGAUGCCCGCAUCUCUUGAUUCUCCUAAUGAUCGUGUCAGAAACUUUUCAUACCGCAGAAAUGAAUCAAAUUCUAGUAAUGCUGAUAAAAAACAAUAUGAACUUGAUAUUGACCGAAUCAUACGCGGGGAAGACAGCAGAACAACGCUUAUGAUUAAAAAUAUACCCAACAAGUAUACCUCAAAGAUGCUUCUGGCAGCCAUUGAUGAGCACUGUCGAGGAACUUAUGAUUUUAUUUAUUUGCCAAUUGACUUCAAGAAUAAAUGCAAUGUAGGCUAUGCUUUCAUCAACAUGAUUGACCCGCAACAUAUUGUUCCCUUCUAUAAGGCAUUCAAUGGCAACAAAUGGGAGAAGUUCAACAGUGAAAAGGUUGCGUCUAUUGCAUUUGCUAGGAUCCAGGGAAAGGCUGCUCUUAUUACUCAUUUCCAGAAUUCGAGCUUGAUGAAUGAAGAUAAACGAUGUCGCCCUAUUCUUUUUCACACUAAUGGCCCAAAUGCUGGUGAUCAGGAGCCAUUUCCUAUGGGUACCAAUAUUCGACCAAGACCAAGGAGACCUCGAACAACUAGCAAUGAAGAGAGCCACCGCCAAGGUAGUUCUUCAACUUUAGCUAACACAGAGGAAUUUCCCAAUGGGGUCGACUCAUUGUUGGUUUCUUCCAAAGAUUCUGAUUGAGCACUCCACUUAUCCAUCUCUAACUGCAGAGUACUAGAACUUUUGUAGACAAUACUCUGUAUUUGAUGGUGGACUGAUGACUCUUUUUUGGCUAUAGAGAAUCAGUUUCAGAAAGCAAGAUGCAUAACCAAAACUAAACUUGAAAAUUUUUGUUUUUUUAUCAAAGCCCAUAGGCCAUUAUGAGUAUAAAGCUGGCGUAAUGAGGGCUUCAAAUUUUGGAUAGUCUUAUGACCGAAGGGUAUCAUGUUGUAUAGAAGUACCAGGGCUUAUGCACCAACUUUAGGGAAUCCUUUGUUGUUUCAGUUUUGUACCUGAAUUAUGUGAAUCUCAUUUUUUUAACCCCGGGGGUUCUCAAAUCCGUAUAAUACCUGGUUUUGGUCUAUUUGGGGUGUAAUUGCUUACAGAGAAAGAGAGAGAGAGAGAGAGAGAGAGAGAGAGAGAGAGAGAGCAAGAAACAGCAUAUCUAAGUUUUCUAGUUGUGGAAUUUUGAAGCUAUUUGUUUACCUUUAAUGGAAAUGUAUUCUUGUUCUGUUUUUGGUC